AUGAUCAUUUUCAUCUCCGGAGACGUGUCGACGCGCAUGUCCAAGACGUUCCGCGCCGUGGCCAGAUACUUGAGGUCGGGGACUCGCUGCUGGGAAUCUUCACAGCACCAGCAUGACGUCGCAAAUGUCAGCCAGAAGCACCGCUGA